AGGUAGUUUGCGCUUUGGCCCUUUCCUCCUCUGCGCCCUGCGAGUGCUGCGCCUCCUUUUCACUUCAUCAGAUCAUUUCCUGAAUGAGUUCAGUGUGGUUACAGUCAGGAGCAGCAGUGGCUGCAGCUAAAGGCAAGUGUCACCCUCGCAAGUUCCUCCUUCAGUUCCUUCGCCUGCAGCUCAGUGUCCGACACUCACAGACCUCUCAUCAUCCAUCAUAUGGGGCCCCUGCCUCAGCCAGUGCCAUCAGAUCAGGAGGAAAGUGCCUGUAGAUGUGACAUAACAAGAACUUCAGACAAGUUGCAGGUCUUAAAGCCCUCCUUGACAAUAUCUAGUCUACAAAGUCUAUGUGACUGCUGACUUAUCUUGUAUGAAGUUAUAGAAGAUUUGAGUUUCUUAAACUAUUGUGACUUUAAUGAUAACUUUAUAACAAUGAGGUUAUUUCGAAGGAACUAUGGACCCCUCAAGCUGGCUAUGGUGGGCAUUGUUUUUGUGAUAUUUGUGUUCAUCAUGCAGAAAGAUGUUGGGAAUGGAGCGAAAGAUGACCCUUGGAUAAAAAACAUAGUUGUGAGAAAAGAUCAAAUGAUUGAUAUGAUGAUGGGGGCUGUGAACAAUUUAAAGGAUUCUAUGCCAAAGCUCCAAAUUAUGCCCCCUGUUCAAGAAGCAGCACCUGUAGAAGACAAAAAGUCAUGCCUACCUGGGUAUUACACACCAGCAGAACUUAAACCAUUUAUGGAGAGACCACCACAAGACCAAAAUAGCCCAGGUGCUGAUGGGAAAGGAUUUAAAAAGGACAGCUGGACCGAAGAGGAGACAAAAGAAAAAGAAAAAGGAUUUGACAAACAUUGCUUCAAUGCAUAUGCCAGCGAUAGGAUUUCCCUUCACAGAGCCUUGGGCCCUGACACCAGACCUCCAGUGUGCAUUGAGCAGAAGUUCAAGCGCUGCCCUGCCCUGCCCACAACCAGUGUUAUAAUUGUCUUUCACAAUGAGGCUUGGUCAACUCUUCUUCGUACAGUGUAUAGUGUCUUAUACACCUCACCAGCCAUCCUGCUGAAAGAGAUCAUUCUAGUAGAUGAUGCCAGUGAAGAUGAAUAUCUGAAGGAAAAACUGGACGACUACGUAAAGUCAUUACAGAUUGUGAAAAUUGCAAGACAGAAAGAGAGAAAGGGAUUAAUUACAGCAAGGUUGCUGGGUGCCAGCGUUGCCACGGGUGAAGUGUUGACCUUCCUGGAUGCCCACUGUGAAUGUUUUCACGGUUGGCUGGAACCUUUGUUGUCAAGAAUUGCAGAAGAUCACACUGCUGUUGUCAGUCCAGACAUCACAACUAUAGACCUCAACAGCUUUGAGUUUGCCAAACCGGUCCAGUAUGGCAAAACACACAGCCGUGGAAACUUUGACUGGAGUUUGACAUUUGGCUGGGAAGCAAUCCCAGAAGCUGAGAAGUUACGGCGAAAAGAUGAAACAUAUCCCAUUAAGUCUCCUACGUUUGCCGGAGGUCUCUUCUCCAUCUCCAGAGAAUACUUUGAGCACAUUGGAUCAUAUGAUGAAGACAUGGAAAUCUGGGGAGGAGAAAAUGUGGAAAUGUCUUUUAGGGUCUGGCAGUGUGGCGGGCAGCUGGAAAUCAUUCCCUGCUCUGUUGUUGGUCAUGUUUUCCGCACAAAGAGUCCUCAUAGUUUCCCCAAGGGUACCCAGGUGAUCUCCAGGAACCAGGUGCGCCUGGCAGAGGUGUGGAUGGAUGACUAUAAAAUCAUAUACUACCGGAGAAAUGAGCAGGCUGCAAAAAUGGUUAAAGAGAAAUCCUUUGGCGACAUUUCUAAAAGACUCAAGUUGAAAGCAGACCUGCAUUGUAAGAACUUCACAUGGUACCUAGAAAAUAUCUAUCCUGAAUUGUUUGUACCUGACCGGGAUCCUACAUAUUUUGGUGCGGUUAAAAAUGAAGGAACUCAGCACUGCCUUGAUGUAGGGGAGAACAAUCAUGGUGGAAAGCCACUGAUAAUGUAUCCAUGUCAUGGAAUGGGCGGCAACCAGUACUUCGAAUAUAGCACACACAAGGAACUACGCCAUAACAUUGCGAAGCAACUAUGUUUGCGUUCCAAAUAUGGUCCUGGGCAAGUGGAGCUUGGAGAAUGCCAGUACAAGGGGAAAAAGACAACUGUGCCAGGCAAUGAAGAAUGGGAGCUUACAAAGGAUCGUUUACUUAGAAAUGUGGGUUCCAGCAUGUGUUUGACAGCACGAGGCGAUCACCCAUCCACUGCAGAAUGCAACCCUGCAGACAUUCACCAACGCUGGGGCUUCAGCUAAAUUCUUUGAGCAAUAGUAGCUGGUGGGUACUAGUAGUUCCAGCUACCACUAUGCCUUAAGUGCCUUUUUAAUGCACUGGACCUUAUGAAAGGAUCUAUCAGUGACCAAAGUGAUCCAUUUUGGAUGUUUCAUCAAAUAUACAAGAACUCCCAUAUUGUCCUUCACAGAUGUGUUUAUUUUUUACAAAUGUGCCCUACACAAGCAGUGGAAAACCAAAUAAACCCAGAUAAUAUGAACACAGGUUUUAGGACUGCACCAAAAUGCUAGUGUCUUAAGCCAAACUGAAGUCAUGGAAUCAAAUCUGCAGUCUCUCUCCACCAUCUGCUCAUUUUAUAUACAGACUGAAUUAAACAACUACAAGUGCAGUCAAGGAAGUUUUUCUUGUUUCUUCAUUGAGGACUUGAAAUAUAAGAACAGUUCCUCCCUAGAAAUAGUCUUGGGUCUUGCCAGCCGAACAUUAGAAAUCAACUGACAUCUUUACAUUUAGACAAUAUUUUUGCAGAUUGCCUUUUAUUAAUAGAUCUUGAUAUUUUGGAACAGUGACCUCAAACAUUUUGAACAUAAGAAGACAAACCAGCCCAAACUGUAUGGUACUGGUGCUAUAAGACCAUGCUUUUGCAAGCGAGAAAUUUCAAACCGAAGGGAGUAAACUUUGGGUUAAAUGAUCUGAAUAAUGCCCUUCAGCUUGCUGGACUGAGUUACAUAGUGAUAAGUAAUUUAUCUGGCUAUUUGUAAGAGCUGAAUAUUAAAUGCGCAGUCUGCUUUUAAUAAGAGUAACAUUUUACUGAUUGUAUUUGCUUUUUAUUAAUAUGAAGGGUUGGUUUUGUUUUGUUUUCCACAUGUCCAUAAAAGGCAUUAUGGAGCACAAUACAAGACUAAAUUACUGUGACACGUAGUAUUUAUUUGUUCCAUAAGAAGAAAUCCUACUUGCUUAUGUUUACUUUAAUAGUUUUUUCAGGAUGAUCUUGUGUCCGUCUAAUCAGUCAGUUUGUUUUUAUUAACGAAGAUACACUAUAUA